UCUUUUUGGUUGCCAUUUCAACUUUUAAUGGGGACGUCUGGGACGACUGGCGGUAAUCCGUUCACGCGCUUCGCGUACGCUUCGGCGCGCACACAGAGCAGCGGUAGUGCGGACGUUAAGCUGGAGGUGACCACGCAGCAACCUGGGAGCUCCAGCGCCAAGCGUGGCAGAAGCGAAGAAAAGAAGGAGGCUUCUCUAAUCCGUCCGACGAAGCUUGUUAAGAUCGAACCUGCGUCAGAGACCAAGUCAUAUACUGACGCCGCACAGUCCGACAGGCGACUGGAGUUGCUGCUGGGGCUCUAUGAAGCUCGGAAAAGCAAGGAGACGCCCAUCGACAAGUUCGGGACGCAUGCCUGUGUAGCUCCUGGCGUGAGCAACGCCAAGGUUGAGCGUUUCCAGCUGCUGGUGGCGGCACUGCUGAGCUCUCAGACACAAGAUCCGAUCACUUACGCCGCGAUGCAGCGUCUGCAUCAACUCGGAGAAACCGACGAAGGUCUCACCAUUGAAGUCGUGCAGUCCACGAGCGAGGAGGAACUGGGCAAAGCGUUAAAACCCGUUGGGUUCUACCACCGCAAGGCGCAUCAGCUCAAGCGUGUAGCUGCUAUCCUACGCACUCAGUUCCACGGGGAUAUUCCUCGUUCGCUGGACGAAAUACUGCAGUUACCAGGUAUUGGACCAAAGAUUGGUCGAGUCAUCACGUUGUUAGCGUGGGGCCACGUGGCCGGCAUUGUGGUGGACACGCACGUACACCGCUUAGCUCAACGCCUGGGCUGGGCAUCUACGACAACCCCGGAAAAUACGAGAAAGGAAUUGGAAGAGUGGAUCCCUCGAGAACACUGGGGUAAUCUCUCUCUCGCCGUCGUGGGCUUCGGCCAGACUGUGUGCACAGCGAAACAUCCGUCCUGCUCCAAGUGCCCGUUAGCUGCAAAAUGCCCCAGCGCAUUCAAGGUAGAUUCAUCAAACAACAGCAAGAACAAGAGCACACAGAAGACCAGGAAGCGCCGAAUUGAGAACAAAUAGUCGGACACUUGGAAAUCAGCAUAAGAAUAUGAGCAUUGUAUUAAUUGUAGUGAAGCUGCGCUGUCCAACAGACCACGGAGCACAUGACACAAUUGGGGUAGCUAACUUGGUGAUGC